AAACUAUAUUAAUUAAGAGCAUUUGAAGUCACAAGCAUGAUAGAAACUUUGUCUUCAAUUUAGCCACGGAUGUGAAGAAACCCAGCUAAUUUUACUUUGAUUAUGGCCACAAACUUUAUUUCCAUGACCCAAAGACUCCGUGAAUAAAUUGAAAAUAUCAUGCUCUUAAUUGGUUAUAUAUAUUUGCUAUUGAUCUAUCUACUUGUAAAAGACAUUGCUUUUGUAAUGGGAUUUGAUUGCUACUCGUCAAUUCAUUUACUUAUAGAUCAUAUCUUGGUUUAGUUCUAAACAAUGGCAAAUACCUCUUGCCCCAUUGAAUUGGAGCCUAGGACUUUGAAUGAAGUGCAGCUAACCGAAGCAAGGGAACUAGCUGCAGAGGUGGUGGAAAUGUUUGAACCAAGUGAAGCAUCAGCUCUCUUUGUUGAGGGGAUUGUGCAUCCAAUAAAGGAGGAGACUCAUAUGGAUGAAAAUGAAAAGCAAGUUGAAAAGUUAAUUGAUUUCACGAAGAAGACAGAGACUAUCCCUUAUGAGGAAGUUUGCCAAUGUCAAUGCUCAUGCUCUGCUGAAAGCCAAGCAUAUAUUGUUGAUGUAAAAGAGCCACUUUCUGCACCAUUUUGAUUUUGUGUUAUGUUAGCUGUUCAUGGUUUUUUCAUGUUACUUGCCAAUAAAUCUCUCCCUUCAUUGACAAGUUUUCAAUUUACUAAUAAAAUAACUACAUAGUUAUGAUUGUCCCAUGAAA